GCGGUUUUCGUUCAGUGUAAAGACGUCUGUCGACUCGGACGCCAGUUCGUAUCGGAUCUUUGUACGAGUAAAAUGAAUUCAAUUUUUUAUUAUAAAUCACUCGCCAAAUACUCACAUUGUUAGUAUUGUUUUUUAUAAUAGUGUAGUUCGCAGCAUCUACCAUAGACGUGGGUGUGAAACAUGGAAUAGAUGUUUCAUGAUUGAUUGACAUCAGAGCAAUAGUAACAUGAUACUGUCUGCUAAGUGAUGAACAAAGGUGAAUUCUCCGUUCACAAUGAUCGCGGGCGUUGACACACAGAAUGUAUUCAAUGCUAGUAAUAUCGGAUCAAAUGACACUUUCAACUUUUUCGACGACGCCAGGCUGGUGUCGCUUAUCAAACACAGAGGCACCAACCAAAGCACUAACAUUGGCGACUGGUUGAGAGCGUUAGAAGACCUUCGGAACAAAUAUAACAUAUCACUCGUAAAGGAAUGCGAUCGUUCUGAUUACUGUUCCGGCGAAUUUAGAGAUUUAAUUCUCGCUUACAACAGUAUUCACGGAUAUAUUAGUCUAUUAAUAUGUUUAUUUGGAAGUCUCGCCAAUGCAUUGAACGUGGUUGUUUUGACGAGGCGGGACCUCGCUGCUGCUCCUAUCAACCGUCUUCUGAAGUGGCUCGCUGUAGCUGAUGUGUUCGUCAUGAUGGAGUAUGUGCCGUUUGCUGUUUACAGAUACCUGCUGUUUCCCGGCCAAGAAGAGCGCCCGUACUCGUGGGCUGUCUACAUGCUGUUCCACAUGCACUUCACACAGAUUUUACAUACAGCAUCCAUACUACUGACGUUGUCACUAGCAAUUUGGCGAUACAUUGCUAUCAAAUACCCAUCUCACGGAGCUUCGUGGUGCACGGAGCGUCGUUGUUCAAUCGCUAUCAUGACUAGCUUCCUACUACCUCCAAUACUAUGCGUUCCAUCUUACUUUGUGUUUACGAUACACGAGGACUACACCUUUGAUCGUCCACCGUCCAAAGUUUAUUACGUGGAUUCCAAUUACGACGGCAAACUUUACCAGAUCAACUUUUGGGUUCACGCGGUGGUGAUCAAGUUACUGCCGUGUGUUAUUUUGACGGUGAUAAGUGCAUGGUUGAUCAGAGUUUUAUAUAGAGCUAAUAGUAGAAAAAGAGCCUUAAAAGGUUACAGUGCUUGUCCGGCUAGCACAGCCGUCAAUGGUAAUGGAAACGUAUUCACAAGGAAACCUACAAAGAGAUCAAAAGCUGAGCGAAGAACUGAUCGUACUACGAAAAUGCUGGUUGCAGUUCUACUUCUGUUUCUUCUUACUGAAUUCCCACAAGGAAUUUUAGGUCUGAUGAGUGGGACUUUGGGCAGGUGCUUUUUCAAGCGCUGUUACGACCUCUUCGGAGAGCUGAUGGACGCACUUGCUCUACUUAAUGGAGCUAUCAACUUUGUUCUUUACUGCUCGAUGUCCAAACAGUUCAGAACGACAUUCCGUCAAAUAAUGUGGAAUAAAUGUGCGCCAGCACCUCGAGCGGGCUCUCAUACUGAGCUACAAACUACAUACGUUUAACGUUGUAAGGAAAUGUUUCAUUUUACAGAGUAAUAUCUGAUUUGUAUGACAGGAAUUUUUCUUAUGUUAGGAUACUAAGAAUGGAUCGGGAGCUUGCAGAAUAAGACUGUAUUAGUAGGAACGCUUUCUUGUGGUGAAUUUAUAGAUAAAACACAUCCUACUUUUGAAAUUUAAAUCACAUUAAAAUACUGUGUUAAAAAAUUAUAAAAAAAUUAAUAAAUAUGAUGUUUAUUGUAAGUGUCAAUGAAACGAAUAAAAAAGUUAUUUAUUAUAAGGAUUCUAAUCUCUGAACGAGCAGUCUGUAGAGGUUAUGAGGUUUUAUAAUGUUCAAAAUAAGUAAAUUGAGUUAUGUAUAUAUGCAUAUGUUACUAAAUGCCCAUUAAAUACUUUAUAUCAAUUGUUUAGAAGGUUAAGCAGUUAAUUUUGUGAAUAUGUGUAAAUAGUUAGUUGCAAUUCCUUUAUACAAACCUGGUGUAUGGAUAUGUUGAUGUAUUACACAUUGAUAUUUAGAUUGUAUAAAUUAUUGUGAAUAUAUAUAUUGUUUUGAUUGUAUAAUUCAAAACGCUAAAAUAUUGGUGUAGUAGAUAAAUUUGAAUUGACGUAUUUUUGAUGUUUUCUAAUAUCGUCUGGUUCUUUUAUAAAAACUGCGUACAAACAAUUUAAAAUUUCAGUGAAAAAACAAUACAUAUUCAACAAAUGUUCAGCUUCAUUCUAUAUUAUUUUCAACGUUAUCAUUGUUCAAAGUUUUUCAUAUUAUUCUAAACAAUGUAUCCCCAUAAAAGUUGCUCAUGUUUCAGAUAGCUCGCAUAAUUUUGUACAAUUCAGCCUUUUUGCAUCUUCAAUAUGCUAAUUUCCCUUUGUGGAACAUUUUAUGACGUUUAUAUUACUUACCCGAAACUGUGUAAAAUACAUGAAUUGGAUACUUUGCAUUAAUGAGAUUAGAAAAAGGUAGUGGAAUUAAAGACGGUUGGUAAGUUUAAAUUGUACUACAUAGAGAAGAAAUAUGUUUCUUAGUUCAUAGUUAUGGAUGGAAAUAAAUAUAUGUUAUAAAAAUUA